AAAGGCGACCUUCCGGCUGUGAUAUGUCAUGUUAAUACUGAGGCUUUGUCUCAUUCUUUCCUCCUGGAAGUUGCAUUUGUGCCCUUUCUUACCUGAUCACGCAGAUUCUCCUCUUUGGAUGUAUUAUCAAAUUUACUGUGACGUUGAUGAACCGAGAGCUGAUAAACGCUUUUAAGCACACUAGAGCAAAGUCAAAGUGCCAUAAAGAGAACCACGUGUGUCUAGGUCUAACAUCUACAUUGAGGUCUUCCUCAUUCCUGUCCCUUCACUGAGUUGGAAAAAAUCUGGGACAUUUACAGCUUCUACUUGGAAGUGGCAGCACUUCGAGGACAUCAUUGGGUAGAGGAAAGGCGGCAGAUCCUACAAGGCGAAAUAAUGAUCUCAGGAGCUUGUUUAUAGAUUUUAUAGCUAGGUUAAUACAUAAAUGUUCAAUGUUUGGUGUUUAAACGUGGUUUAGUUUGUUUGCAUUCUGUGUUCUGCGUCAGGAGAGAGGUCUCAAUGGUGGUGCUGAGCAAGGGCGAUCAUGUCUGGGUGGACUCCGGUGUCGGGGUCCCGAUCGGGGCUCGGGUUAAGGUGUUGGAGGGCAAGCAGGUGCAUCUGCUGGAUGAUGAGGGAAAGGAGCGGUGUGUGUCGGAGAGCGAGCAGGCGUCUCUCAGACUCAUGCACCCCACGUCGGUGGAGGGAGUGGAAGAUAUGAUCAAACUGGGUGAUCUGACUGAGGCCGGAGUGCUCAGGAACCUGCUGAUCCGACACAAACAGGACAUCAUCUACACGUACAUCGGCUCGGUGUUGGUGGCCGUGAACCCGUAUCAGCUGCUGCCCAUCUACACGGGGGAUCAGGUGCGUCUGUACCACGGGCGUCGUCUGGGCGAACUGCCCCCCCACGUCUUCGCCAUCGCAGACUGCUGCUACUACAACAUGCGGCGAAACCAGCGUAACCAAUGCUGCAUCAUCAGUGGGGAGUCGGGAGCAGGGAAGACGGAAAGUACGAAGCUGAUCCUGCAGUUUCUGGCAGCGGUGAGCGGUCAGCACUCGUGGAUCGAGCAGCAGAUCCUGCAGGCGAACCCUGUGCUGGAAGCUUUUGGAAACGCCAAAACAACGCGUAAUGACAACUCGAGCCGCUUCGGGAAGUACGUCGAGAUCUUCUUUAAUAAAGACGGUGUGAUCGAAGGAGCUCGCAUGGACCAGUACCUGCUGGAGAAAUCUCGCGUCUGCCAUCAGGCCCCAAUGGAGAGGAACUACCACAUUUUUUACUGCCUUCUGUCAGGGAUGCCCAAAGAGCAUAAAAACAUCCUUUCACUCGGAGAAGCGACGCAGUUCAACUAUCUCACUGAGGGAAGCUGCAUCACAUGCGAAGGACGGGACGAUGCAGAAGACUUCAACAGCAUCCGCACAGCCCUCAAAGUCCUCACCUUCUCCGACAGGGAAUGCUGGGAUAUAUUUAAAUUACUGGCGGCCAUUCUUCACCUGGGCAACAUCAAAUUUGAAGCCGGGACGGUGAAUAACAUGGACUCGUGUGAAGUUUCAUCCUCGGAUCAUUUCACUGUUGCUGCUAAGCUGUUAGAGGUUGAUAAAACACAUCUGGACAUGGGUUUGACCUCUCGCACUUUUAUGACCAAACAAGAGCAAUUGACGAAACCUCUGAGUUCAGAACAGGCUCUGGACUGCAGGGACGCUCUGGCCAAGGCUAUCUACACCAAACUAUUUAUGUGGAUUUUUGGGAAAAUGAACAGCGCCAUCCAUAAACAGCAGGCGAACAGCUCCUACACUCAGAAGUCCAUCGGUCUGCUGGAUAUAUUCGGCUUCGAGAAUUUCAAAGUCAACAGUUUCGAGCAGCUGUGCAUUAACUACGCUAACGAGCAGCUGCAGCAGUUCUUCGUGGAGCACAUCUUCAAGAUGGAGCAGGAGGAGUACCUCAAAGAGGGUGUCACGUGGAAGAACAUCUCCUUCACCGAUAACCAGCACACGCUUGACCUGCUGGCUUUACAGCCGCUCAACCUGCUGUCUCUGAUCGACGAGGAGACCAACUUCCCCAAGGGCACAGACAAGUCCAUGUUGAUCAAAAUGAAUACUAAUCACCACAGCAGCAAGAUCUACAUCCCACCCAAGGCCAACCACAUCCUGCAGUUCGGUGUCCGACACUUUGCCGGCGUCGUCUACUACGAUUGCAAAGGGUUUCUGGAGAAGAACCGAGACGUGUUGAGUUUGGAUAUCAUCAAGCUGAUCCAGAAAUCCUCCAGCAAGCUGCUCAGCCAGAUCUUUGAGACGGAGCUGAACAACUGCCAAGGCAACCCUGUUAACAACAACCACCACCACAGGAUCAUCAUCACGCAGAAGAAACCCACACGGCCGUUACAGAAGGGGAACGAGCAGCGGAGGCAGAUUUCCACGCUGAGCGGCCAGUUCAGACAGUCGCUGGACACUCUGAUGAAGGCCCUGUCUCUGUGCCAGCCUUUCUUCAUCCGCUGCUUCAAACCCAACGACAGCAAGCUCUCCAUGGUGUUCGAUCGGGAUCUGUGCAUGCAGCAGCUGCGUUAUUCUGGCAUCCUGGAGACCAUCAAAGUCCGCAAACUGGGAUAUCCAAUCCAGCACAAGUUCAAAGAGUUCCUGGGACGCUAUCGAGUUUUACUGAAGACCACCGACUGCGACCCCAGCAAGGAACCUGCAUCUGAAUGCUGUAAAGCCAUCUGCACAGCUGUCAUUAAAUCCCAAGAUGACUGGAGGAUCGGCAAGACCAAGAUCUUUCUCAAGGAUCAUCACGACUCGUUUCUGGAGCUGGAGAGAGAGCAGGAACUCAACAGGAAAGCACUCAUCAUCCAGAGAGUGAUGCUCGGCCACAAAGACAGGAAGAAUUUUAUUAGGAAAAGAAGUGCGUCUGUGACUGUGCAGAAAAAUUGGCGAGCUUACAGAGACCGGAAAGAGUUUAUUAAACUGCGUCAGGGUUUGCUGCGUCUUCAGGCAGUGGCACACGCCAGGCAGGACUUCCUGCAGUACUAUCGCAAACGAGCCGCUGCUGUCACACUGCAGAACCACACACGCUGCUACCUCUCCAGGAAAGACCUGAAACGCAAGCGAGAUGCUGCCAUACUGCUGCAGGCCCAAACCAGAGGCCUGCUCGCCAGGAAACAACUCAAACGCCUUAAAGAUGAUGCGUUCUUGUCAGCCCAGGAGCGUCAGGAACAGGAACUCGCGGCUGUGGAGCUCCAGCGCACGCUCAGCAAGACCAAUCGCCGAACAAGUGAGACUCAAGAUAAAAGAGAGGAGGACAAGAGUGAUGAGGAAAUGGUGGAAAACAUGUUUGGAUUCCUUCCAGAUGCCACAGAAGGACAGGAGGAGCCGAGGCAAGACAGCACACAGGAAGAGCAAACUGUGGAACUGAAGAAGGAUAAAGUGGUAGAGAAACCCAUGCAGAUUAUAGUAACUUCAGCUACAAAUGACAACAAACCUGAAGAAAAGGAAGAAAAGGAAGAAGAGGAGGAGGAUGAUGAUGAUGAUGAGUUCUCGUUCGCAAAGUUCUCCGCCAUGCAUUUCCAGCGCUCUGCUACUCACACACACAUCCAGCAGAGACUGAAGCACCCGCUGCUUUACCACGAGGACGAAGGAGACACGCUGGCCUGUCUAACUGUUUGGUGGAUCAUCUUGAGGUUCAUGGGUGAUAUUCCCGAGCAGAGGCAGGCUCGUUUGACUCUAUCCCCCGACGUCAUCCAGCAGCACCUGGGCCAGCGCCAGGGCCGGCGUCUCAGUAGCCUCGUUGGUUUGGAUCAGAAAUUCCUGCGUAAAAAGCAAAAACAGAACAAACUCAGCAACAAUAAGAGGAAACACUCUGCCAUUCAAGAGGAGGUGGAAGAGACGGCCGAAGAUGAUGAAGAUAUUCUGAUCGGAGAAGGACCCAGUAUGGAUCGUCCCAUGACCACCUUGGAGAAAUUGCAUGUCAUCGUAGGAUACGCCUUACGCAGACCGAACAUUCGAGAUGAGAUCUACUGUCAGAUCUGUAAGCAGCUGACGAAGAAUAAGAACCAGAAGAGCUGUAAGCAAGGCUGGAUGCUGCUCUCCAUCUGUCUCGGCAUUUUCCCUCCAACUGAGCUCCUGACUCAAUACCUGGAGCAUUUUAUUCAUCAUGGACCUGCUGAGUUCUCCUCUUCCUGUGCCAGACGCCUCCAGAGAACAUUGACUAACGGAGAGAGAAAGGAAGUGCCAUGCUGGAUCGAGCUGCACGCCAUGGAGACGAAGAAGCCCAUGAACGUGGAAGUGAGCCUGAUGAACAGCCGUGUCCUCACUCUGCCCAUAGACUCAUCCAGCACUGCACCAGAGCUCUGCAGUGCCAUCGCACAGAAAAUCAAUCUGAAGGACACAUUCGGAUUCUCACUCUACAUGUCCUACCACGACAAGAACUGGUCUCUAGGUGGCAGCAGGCCGCACGUGCUGGAUGCCAUCUCUCUGUGCGAGCAGGAGGAGAGGAGACAGGGAGGAGAGGAGAAGGGAGCUCUGUGGCGUCUCUCUUUCAAGAAAGAGCUCUUCACUCCGUGGCAUGACUGCACCGCUGACCCCAUCAGCACAGAGCUCAUUUACACGCAGGUUGUUCACGGCCUCAAGUCUGGAGAGUAUCAGUGUGAUAAGGAGGAUGACUAUGUGCAGCUUGCAGCGAAGCACUAUUACAUCAAGUACGGCAGAGAGAGCAGCAGGGAGAAGACCAAAAGCAUCGUGUGGGAGUGUCUGAGCCUCACUCUGAUCGAGAACAAAUCAGAGGUCAAGCUGGUGCAGCUGGUCAGCUCCGCCCACGAACAGGGCUCGUAUGUAAACUUCGGGGCGAGUCCUGAUAGCGUGAAAGCAGAAGUGGUCCGGUACGCCCGUCUCCACUGGCCAAUCUACUUCUCUAAAUUUUAUGAGGCCUCUGUGAUUUCAGGUCCCAACUUACCUGAAGAAAAGUUAGUGGUGGCUGUUAACUGGUACGGUGUCUCAUUUCAGGAAGGAAAAGAGAGAACAUACCUGAAGCUCUCUUAUCCUGAGGUGACGGGGGUCCAAAUAAUCAGUGAGGGUCGGCUGGGGGAGGUGGUGUGUCUCUCCACGCUCAGAGGCGAGUAUAAGCUGAAUGUAGUUUAUGCUCACAGCAUGGUGGAGCUGCUGUCUACGUUCCUCAACGGGCUGAAGGAGCGCUCCGUCUAUGCCGUGGCUGUACAGGACAGCAGCAGACUAGAUGACCCGACGUUCCUGAACUGUAAAAAGGGAGAUCUCAUCAACAUCAUCAAAGACGGAGAGUACGCUCCUGAGGGAGGCUGGAUUAACGGGAGGAAUGAAAGAACCGAACAAAGUGGAGCCGUUUCUAAAGACACCAUCAUGAUCCUGCCGACCCUGAGUAGACCUUCUGAUGAUAUACUGGCUCUGUUGAACCCAAAUCAGAGGAAAUUGGUGCUGACGGCUCCACCGAAGGAGGAAAUGAGCACAGAGAGAGUGGCUCAUAUUUCACUCAAAGAGUUCUCCUAUGAGUAUUUCAGAGAGCCGGGAAAGGAAGCAGGACGUCAAGGUAAAUCCGGGGUGCGAGAGAAACUGUGGGCCCGAUCGAAAGAACCGCUCAAACAGCCGCUACUGAAGAGCCUGCAGAAGAACUCUGAGCUCAGCCAGCUGGCCUGCAUCUCCUUCACCGCUAUUCUCAAGUAUAUGGGUGACUAUCCCAUCAAAAGUGCAAGGAACCCCUUGGAGCUGACAGACCAGAUCUAUGGCCCUGCGCUGCAGCACCCUGAGCUCAGAGACGAAGUUUACUGCCAGAUCAUGAAGCAGCUCACCAACAACAACAACGGGGUGAGUAUGGAGCGAGGCUGGCAGCUGUUGUGGCUUUGCUGUGGACUUUUCCCUCCCAGUCAGGCUUUGCUAAAACACACCCAGCGCUUCUUAGAGUCCAGACCCAGAGAGCCGCUAUCAGCCGCCUGUCUGCAGAGACUACAGGGGAUGCUCAGUCUAGAAGCCAGAACAAUGGCUCCUCAUCAGGUGGAAGUGGACGCCAUCCAGCAAAACAGCUCCCAGAUCUUCCACAAAGUUCAUUUCCCUGAUCAAGCAGCAGAGAUCUACGAAGUCACCACCACUACGAGGAUCCGUGAUCUGUGUCGCAUUAUCGCCAGUAAUCUCAUGCUCUCUUCUGCUGAUGGCUACAGUCUGUUCGUGAAAACCUCGAACAAGGUCGUGAGCAUGAACGAGCAGCAGUACUUCUUCGACAACCUGAAGGAGCUCACAGACGCUCCCAAGAAAGGAAAGAAAGCCAAAGAGGCAACUCCAACGACUGUUUCUUAUCUGGUGCUGUUCAUGAGGAAGCUCUGGUUUAACGUGAUUCCUGGGAAAGAUCUGAAGGCGGACCUCAUGUUCCACUUUCCCCAGGAGUUGCCGAAGUAUCUGCAUGGUUAUCACAGCGUGGAGAAGGAGGACCUGAUCUCUCUGGCUGGACUCCUGUUCAGGGUGCGAGUGGACGCAGACCGAACACAGUUCGUCAUGAUCCCCAAAAUGUUGAAGGACCUUGUACCUGCUGAUCAGCAGAAGAUCAUGUCCACUGAGGACUGGAAAAAGCACAUAAUCAGUGCAUACAAUAAGCAGGCAGGAAUCACAGUGGACGAGGCUAAAGUACGUUUUCUGAAGAUCAUCGCUUCCUGGCCCACGUUCGGCUGUGCUUUCUUCGAAGUGAAGCAAACAUCUGACCGCUACUAUCCCAGCCUCAUCACCAUCUCCAUCAGCAAACAAGGAGUCAGUCUCAUCAACCCCAAAACCAAGGAGGUGCUGAUUAUGCACCCGUUCAGCAAAAUCACCAACUGGUCCAGCGGCAGCACCUACUUCCACCUGACCAUCGGCAACCUGGUGAAGGGAAACACACUGCUCUGUGAAACCUCUAUGGGACACAGAAUGGACGACUUGCUGAACUCUUAUGUGAACAUGUAUCUGCAUGAGAGGACGGCGGUGAGACAAAGAAGCCGGCGCUUCUUUUAAUGAACACACACACACACACACACACACACACACACACACACACUAACACACUCUGUGGGAGUUAGCAAUACAUCUUAUUUAAUAAAUUCUAUUUAAAAUUAUUACUGAAGUUAAAAGUCCUGGACUGUUCAUUAGAAUUUAUCUUGAAUUUUGUGCCCAAAUGAAGUUUUAAACGUUAAUAACGAUUAGAUUUCUUUGUUUUCUUCAUUAUAUGAUGUUAUCAGUUCAAGAAACAUCCCCAUGACUGCAUCUGAGUAUGAAAUAAAAGUCUGAUUAUUACGA